AUGGCAUUCAGAAUUCCGUUUCCUCAGGACUUCUGGCAAGAAUACCUUUCCGGCCGGGAAAACACCAUACCCAACCUGCCUGUCGUGACGGACAUCACCAAGCGAGUCAUCCGGAUCCUGGGUGGAAAUGCUGGUCCAAUGCGACUGCAGGGGACGAACACGUAUCUUGUUGGAACAGGCAGAUCUCGUAUCCUCGUGGACACCGGUCAGGGCAUGCCCUCAUGGAUCCGAGAUAUCACCAAAGUCCUCGAGGAGCGCGAUAUCGACGUCUCCCAUGUCCUCCUCACCCACUGGCAUGGCGAUCAUACAGGCGGCGUCCCCGAUCUCAUAGCCUACAAUCCAGCAUUCUCCACCCGCAUAUACAAGAACCGACCCGACACCGGACAGAAGGAUAUUCUCGACGGCCAGGUCUUCCGCGUUGAGGGCGCCACUCUCCGCGCCGUGCACACACCAGGCCACGCCGCCGACCACAUGUGCUUUCUAUUCGAGGAAGAAAACGCCCUCUUCACGGGCGACAACGUGCUCGGGCAUGGCUACUCGGUCGUGGAAGACCUGGGACAAUACAUGGAGAGCAUGGAGCAGAUGGCCAAUUUGAAGCUCCCGCUCGGCUACCCAGCGCACGGGGCAGUGAUCGAUGAUCUUCCUGCUACAAUGCGUGAGUACAUCAAGCACAGGGAGUUCCGGGUGCAGCAGGUUUUCGCGAUACUCGAGGAGAGCAGAGCCGCAGGGCAGGGACGGGGACGGGGCGGCUUGACGCUACACGAGAUCAUCUUCGCGAUGUACGGGGAGACGUCGGACGAGGUUGAGAAGGCUCUUGCGCCGUUCUUGAGUCAGGUCUUGUGGAAGCUUGCUGAGGAUCGGAAGGUGGGAUUUGAGCCGGGGAGUGCUGCGAAACGGCGGUGGUAUGUUAGUUCACGCCGGCCGAAUUGA